UCAGACAUUUUUCUGUUUUUGUUAAUUUUUAAAUCUCAUUCACUCAUUUUAAAAAAGCUCAUUCAAAAUCACUGAACACAAAACAAUGCCCAUUAAUUUACGAGGGCGUGGAGCAUGACGUCACCACCAUCGACGCAUAACGUAAACAUUAGACUGAAGAGAUGCCGACUUCUUGGACUUUUGUGCCGUUACAGGAAAAGGUUUAUGUGUUUCGGAAUGGAAAGAGAAUUGUAAUGAGUUCUGGGAAUCAUGAUAUUCUUCCCGAUGUUUGCGAGGUGGAGGUAAUAUCAGAAUCCGAUGUUUUAAGAAGUAAAAUCAAGUGGAAGAAAGAAGAUGGCGUUAGGGUUGUGUUUUCUGACCAAAAGAAAGUGGUUCUUAAAGUGUGUGACUUCAUUUGGAAUGAUAACGAAUUCUCAAGACAGUUCAAGGAUGUCACUACAGCAGAAAGCUUUGUUUCAACUUUUGAAAAGCGUACAUAUAUAAGUGCAUCAGAAAUGGAGACACAAGAACCGCUGUACAUGGCAGAAAUUGUAGACUUAAUUCCUGAUACACCUGUACCAUUCAAUAAACAGACAUCAUUGACCAGUUCCAAAAGGAAAACCCUGAUACCUGUUUUGAUGUCGCCAGUGGAACCAGCAAUAAAAAAAACUAACUCACUUGAAGAAAAAAUGCUUGAUGGAUUAUAUCAAAUUGAACUGAAGCAAAUAAGUGAAGCGCCUGAAAAUAUACGCCUCAGGGAUAUUGACAGUGACUUUGUAGAUCAGAUAAAGACAGAAAUGGAAUUAAGUGGGAACAUUGCUACCCAGCCACUAGCAUUGUGUAUACCAAACUUAAAAGAAGACGAAUUUGAGGAAUCAAAUAUCAACAAUUACGACUUUAUUUGCCUAGGUGGCAAUCAUUUAAGAUGUGCUUAUGAAAAGUUACAUAAGAAGCAUGCAUUUGCCAAAAUUUAUGUAGAUCUGACAGACGAAGAGUGUCUAAUUGUGGCAAAGUUUCACAAUGAAGUUGGUCACUAUGUUAAAGAGCUAACUAAUUUUGACAUGGUAAUACACCUUUCUUGUCAAGUCAAGUUGAAAAUUUACUAA